GUUCACCCAUCAGGAUUCCAAUCUACCCUGCUGUGUGUGUGUGUGUGUGUGUGUGUGUUGCAUCGAACUGCACUCCAGGGAUGCGACUAACACAGCGCUGGGCAAGGGUCCCUACUGUACAUGUACAUUACAGACGCCACUGGAAUCUCCACCGCUGCACGUAUUUAUCUCAUCUUCGGGAUCGAUGUCUGUUGUGGACUAUUUGGCAGUUGCCAUGGGCAGGACCCAUUUCUUUCCCCUUCCUUUUCUGUACCCUUAUUUCUUACAUUUCCCCUUCUUGCACCUUAGUCCUCCGGGUAAAGACCGGUCGGGACGAUCCUUGCUUCUGCUGCACUUGUUUCGGGAACUCCACAAUUGAAGUUCACUCGGGGUUUGUAAAUGUGGCAUUCGAUUAAUGGGGUGAAGGAAAUCCCGGGGCGAUCUCGAUCGGUUACUUCCGGUCCCCGGAUGAUCACAUCCAAUUGUGUUUUUACUUUUACGAGGAACUUAUGUUUUCA